UUUAAACUAUAAUAUUUCUUUAAUGUGUGCUAAUAAUGAUGACUUACGGUUCCGAGACGUAGUGCUUCACAAGGGAUCUUUUUAGGAAGCUCUGUGUCACGCAGCGAGCUAUGGAGAGGGUUAUGCUUGGUAUUUCUCUACAAGACCGAAUAAGAAACGAGGAGGCGUAGAAGAACCAAAAUUGCUGAUAUAGCCCGUAGUAUUAGCACGCUGAAGUGGCAGCGGGCAGGCCAUAUGGCGCGAAGAUCGGACGGCCGAUGAGGCAGAAGGAUCCUCGAGUGGAGACCACGUAUUGGCAAGCGCAGUGUGGGACGGCCACCUACGAGAUGGACUGACGACUUAGUGAAAAUCGCUGGGUCAUGUUGGAUGCAGGUGGAAACGGACCGGCCGCACUGGAGAUCACUUGGAGAGGCCUAUGUUCAGCAGUGGACAGUGGACAGGCUGAGAUGAUGAUGAUGAUUCCUUUAAUGUAGAAAUCGUUUUUGAAAACGAGUUGUAUACGACAUACGUAUAUAUAUUACGAAAAAAAAAUGACAUCUAUUAUGUUUAAGAUUUUUACUCUGAUCGCGUCGCAUGGUCGCGUCACACCAUAGGAAUACUCCGAGCGUCGUACUCAGUAGGCCACGGACGGUACAAAUUAAUUCAUCGUGCGAUUAUAUCUAUAUUCUAUUUUUCACUAAUGAGUAAUUAGUGUGCGUGUGACGAUGAUUCGCAUUCCUACGUAGGACUGACAUGCAAUGGCUGAUGCACCGUCCGUGAACACAUCGUCACUAUGUACAGAGCAUACCGUCGACAUUACACCUGCUCACCUAUUUGCACCUCUCUAAAAAUACAUUAUGGAUUUAAACUAGGAAUGCCCCUGGCUUUGUCCGCUGCGAGGUCAAACUAAACAGUACCAAGGUGAUGGCUGAUGAUGAUUUGGAAAUUCGAAAAUAGCAUGAUGUUUUUUUGACAUGAUUUAUUUAGUUUAAAUAACAUAUAAUUGAAGACAGUUUUACAGUUUAAUGUAGUUAUAAGUUGAUCAUUUUAGAAAACAACGUUUCCUAUACUUUACAAUUAUCGGGAUCCAUACGACGAAAAAAUAUCUUUUACAAAUCCAAGUAUGACAUAUAAAAUAUCAGUUUAUCUUAAAAUUUAAAAUCUUUCUAUAACCAAAUAUCAAUUUAGAGUAUCUAUAUAGAACAAUAGAAACUUCUCGUCAAACAAUUGCUUAAAAUUUAUCUUAAUUCGUCUUUUCUUUUCAAUAACUAUCGCAAACGUUCAAUUAUUAUCAAUCAUCUAUUGCAAUUACUAAAAAUCAAAUUUAAAAAGUUUAUUUUCAGAUGAAUACACAGUUUUCAUGAUAAUAGAUAAAAUUAUAAUAGAAGUAAAAGUAUUCAAGCCGUUUAUGUUUGGAAGUAUUUGAGCCGUAUGUUUUUUGAAUAAUUAAACUCAGAACGCGAAAGAGCUAUAUCACUGAAAAGUUAACAAAAACAGAACGUGCCGAUUUUCAUUUCCGCCGAAUACUGAGUUCAACAGCCUUGGUGAUUGCCAAUAGAGUAAGUUCUUGAACAAACACAAAAAGCUGUGACUGACCAUAAUUUUUUUAAUGUCAGCUUUUAUAUACGGCGUUCUAAAUAUAGUUGAUGUAAACUAGAUACAAUUUUCGUUUAUUCCGCAUUACGUGCUCUUCAUUCGUGGGCUGGAAGCCGUCGGUAUCAGUGAUCGGUGUCAUUUGUUUGACCGCCAGUCUGUCAUCGUAUUGUUCAUGAACUACAGUUCAAGGUUCAGAAAAAGAGUCCGAAGCUGUCAGUCAGAUUGCAGGUGAGUGUGAGCUCAGCGCGAACGUGGGCGGGCGGACCGCACUCGCUUCAGUUUGAGACAGGCAACGACGCCGAUCACACGAACCCCGCCGCACAAGCGCUAAACGAACGACCUAGAGAUGGCCACCGGCCCGAAGAUAGUACACAAGCAGUUCAACUCGCCCAUCGGGUUGUACUCGCAGCAGAAUAUCAAGGAAACGCUCAACAAACACCUGAAAAACCUCGACAACGGAUCUGUCGGAAUCGACUUCAACAACCCGACAACGGAUAAGCCAGCGAACUUAGCUAAUUCCGCCGUCCUAAGAAUGUUAGAAGAGGAAGAGCGUAACCGCAAAGGAUACAGUCAGAAGAAAGUGGUGUGGCCUCCAGUACCCGAAACGAACGGAUAUCAUAAUCCACAACAGCAGAGUCCCGUGUACGACAACAACGCGCAACACUCCCCGUCUGCUCAGCCUCCCUAUCAAAAGCAACCUCAAUAUCAACCCGAGCCCCAAUAUCAAGCUCAGCCUCCGCACUUCCAACCCCAAUACCAACAGCCACAGUCCCAGCAGCCUCAGUAUCCCCAGUCUCAGCCAGGGUUCUGUGAGGGACGUCGUCAAGAGCAAACUGGCCUGAGUAAGCUGAUUCCCGUUGGGCCGGGAGUGACUGCGUCACCUUUGUCUCCCUCGCAGUACCGUGUGGGUCCGGCGUCCCCGGGCAUCGCACCGCAACCCUUCAGGCCACAGCCAAAUCGCUGGGCCCCCGUACCGGCCCCCCUCUCCCCUCAGACACCCGGAUCGCAGCCGAGCUACACGCAGCAGAUUUCCCCUCAAUCUCAGUACUCAUCGCAGUCUCCUUAUUCGGAGCCCGCGUACCAGACCACACAGAGGCACUUCGAACCACCUCCAUCAACCAUCACUCUCCGUCCGCAACCUCCGGUUCACCAGAAACCAUCCCCGGUGUUCGCUAGUCAACCGGCCGCUGCGUCAUUUAAAGGAGGCGUCAACAUGCGUGGAGAUCAGAAGUGGCCGCCUCAAUCGGUGAAGGAGGCUGUGGCUGCAGAAAACGAAGCCCGCCUCAAACUAGCCAAGGGUCCCGCCUGCAGACCGCGCAAGCUGCGGCAAUAUACGCUUGCCGAAUUAUUAGCCAUGAAUGAGGCUUAACUUCCUCGCUACAUGGUUGGACUUGCAUAAAUUUGUAAGUGCCACUUGCAUCAACAUAUCUGAUGUUUUACUUCUCAAGUUCUAACCGUCGGCACUUGGUGAAGGGCAACCAUAGAAUCAUAACUCGAUUAUAGAUCAAGCUUUGCUCUUUAUUCUCUUCGUACUUCUUUGGGUAAACAACUCUGGGAUGCAAAAUUAAAAUAACACUGUUAAAAUGUUGGCAUACUGUUUUAUGUAAAGUUUGCAAUAGUAUAGUAAUAGUAUAAACUUUUAUGUCAUUAAUGUAUUUACCUAUUUCAAAACGGAAAAGCGGAAAAAUAAAAUAAAAUUCACCAUGUUUUCUUUUAAAUUAAUUUUAUUAUAGAGUUCCCUUGAUUUCUUAAACACGCGAAAAAACUGUGCGUGUCGUUAUUGAUUUUGAAAUAUUUUCGGAUGGAAAUAGUAAAAUAGGCAUUUCAAAUUUGAUCUAGAACUGUACAAUUUGUAAAUAGUACACCCGUAAAAUAGAUUGUACUAAACUUAAGAGUUGUAGACCUAUUUCCAUAGAAUUUCAUUGGCGUUCCAUUACAUUUAGUUACCUAUGAUGUAUUCGUUCUCUAUUUCAAACAGCUUUGUGUCACGUAGUCCUAAUGUAGUGCAUGCUAUUUGUUAAUUCAGUGAACAAUUAUUAUUUGUUAUUUAAAAGUACUUUAGAUUUAUAAUAGAUAAGAUAAUUUAGCGAUUUCGAAAUAUUUUAUUAAUUUACUGUAAGAUCCCUUUAAUAUUGCUUAAUUGAAUGCGAAAUAAUAAUAAAAAUAUUAAAUAAUUUGUUCGAUUUCGAACAGCUUUCAAGUAACACUAUAUAUAUGUAUAUAUAUUUUCUGGUGGUAGGACGUCUUGUGAGUCCGCACGAGUCCACCACCCUGCCUAUUUCUGCCGUGAAGCAGUAAUGCGUUUCGGUUUGAAUAGUCGGACAGCCGUUGUACUGUAAAAAUUGAGAGAAUUUAGAACUCACGUCUUAAAGUGGGUGGCGUCAUUUACGUUGUAGAUAUCUAUAGGAUCCGGUAGCCACUUAACACCAGGUGGUAACUAUACUGAGACCUUACAACUUAUAUCUCAAGGUGGGUGGCGCAUUUAUGUUGUAAAUGUCUAUGGGCUCCAGUAACCACUUAACACCAGGUGGGCUGUCAGCUGGUUCACCCAUCUAAGCAAUAAAAAAAAAGGUGCACCAUGAGCUCGUCUACCGAUCUAAGCAAUAAAAAAUAAAAAUAUUAUCAGGUUAAAUUAAGUGUAUGCAUUAAAUGUCUGUGUAACUACUCGUAUCUAUAUAAUUAGAUAAAUGUAAUGAAUUAUCGACAGGUUAAAAAGGACUACAGCUCGUUCUUCGCGAAGCAUGCCCUGAGCCACAAUUACCCC